AUGAUCGCCUCAAAUAUCUUCGGACCGGCCAUUGUCGCCCUUGGCUUUUCAUCUUCAGCCCUGGCAUGUGUUAAUUUCAAGGGGAGCACAAACAGCGAUAUCACUGUAACCGAUGGUGAUACCACAACUUGUUCGGAUUCGAUCACUACUGGAGAUAAAGAUGCCGAUUGUAUUUCCGGUUAUUCUUUGAACUACGACUGGUCGGAUAACGAUGGUACCGGUAUGCCAGUAACUUACUGCAACCCGAGUGAAUGUUGGUCUAUUACUAUUCCGUAUGACAACACUGAAUCAGCUUGUACUGAGGGCAUCUGCGGCGGCAUCUACGACUUUGACUAUUCGACUUUUGGCUGUUAA